CAAGUGAUCAUUUUUUUGCGACGUUGUUGAGACCACUUCCAAUAUUAUAAACGCUUGUAGUCGUCGUUCUGCUAAAAAGAAAAUGCUUAGAAAAGGUGACAAAACAAGAUUAUGACAUCCAACUUUUGAUGACUGUCAAUCACGCAACAUCCUGCUGCGUCCUCAAUCCCCCAGCAUGAUUCCUCACGAGAGCUUCACAUUUCUCAACUCCUGUGGACACCUCACCUUCUAAUACUCCAGUGCUUGUUAUCUAAUAGCUGCAUUGUUGAUGUGAAAAAUUGUUCAUUGAUGGUGUCGAUUCACAUAGACUAGAAUAACGGACUUCUGAGGAAUCGAGAUUUUUGCAUCUGGCAGAAGUAGCACGAAUUGGUAGUACAUCAAUCUUGGUUUUUAUUGACGGGAUUAUCUAAUUCAUUGCUGGUGUUUCGGGUUUCCUGUGUCAUUUUUAGUACAGGAAAUCUGGAAUUGCAUACUAUUUCUAGUGCUUUUUGUUCCAAGUGUGACUGAGACGUCCUUUUUACGAGGAACGCACCCGUGAGCUCGAUGCUGUUUGAGCCCCUGCGACUUCGACGCGAACUCCCCCACUACUAACGACACUUCUACUCGUUCCAACACUGUUCACGACGACAACCGCAAGCGACAACUACCUGUAGCGAGGAUACAACACCUCUUCCAGAAGUGCGACAUCUGACGCGAGGAGCGACAUUGAGGCGACCAAACAGCUACUUCUCGUCUCUACAACAAGCCAGUUCCAAAGAGACUAGCCACGAAAAUGGCAGACGAUGGCUUGGAAACGAUCGCUGUAGAGGAUUUAACCGGAGUUUGGUUACAUUCCAAUCGAACUCUUGGUCGCGUCGUCGUUCGAGGAGCGACGGCGAAACUAGGGAAAUGUACUUAAAUACUUAACUACCCUCAGGAAGAUUAAGAAAAAAACCUCCACUCUAUGAUUAAAAACCAACUACUCCAACCCUCAUGGUUAAAACCUCUACUCCAACCCUCAUGGUUAAAAAAACGAGCUCCAUAAUUCUACUCGCUUCACCGUCCACCAACCACAACAGUAUCCUUGCCCCUCUCUGCUGACGGCAACACUGUUGCGAUGAGAGGUUGGCGCGCCGUGCCGGAAAGGAGUUGCAGCUCCGAGAUAGUAUGGCAAGCUACUAGUGGGUCUGGCAUGACAGUCACCUGGUCAUGGGAGGGAGAUGAAGAAGAAUUAGAACAAGUAGACGCCUCAUUGAGUGCUGCAAUGGCAUCGAUAGCGGCAGGAGCAACCAAAAGAACGAGAAGGCCUGCAGCUGCGGUGGAAACGGACUUGGUACUUCUACAGAUGAGACGAGAGUUGGAUGUAAUACGUUCUUAGGGGAAGAAGUAGUUCUACAGAUGAGACGAGAGUUGGAUGUAAUACGUUCUUAGGGGAAGAAGUAGUUCUACUGAUGAGACGAGAGUUGGAUGUAAGACGUUCUUAGAUACUGGCGGUGCUAUUUUAUCUUCACCAGGACUCUGAAGAAGAACUACUUUUGCUUCGCAUCUUUUUUAUUAAUACAACUGGAGAAGUACUCAGUACUGACGUCAUUGCCUUAUAACAGAUCAUCCGCAACCCCUCGUUAAACGGAACAAAGCUUGGAGGCGGCAAGUCUUCUGGAGGUGAGAAGCGACGUCGUGGCCUGAAUGGUGCACCGUUGACCACUUGGGAUUUACUGGAACAGCAUGGCGGCUCAAGCAGUAGCUCUGAGCGGGAUCAUGCAGCAGCUGAUGCGGCGAGGGAGUUUAAGAAAUGGGUACUUAGAAUUUUACUCGACUGCUUUGGGAAUUGCUCUUGCUAAUACAUAGAGUACGACAGCGGAAACUUUCUGCAAGGAUCACUUGGAGUAAAGGGUCAUUGUAGAAGAAGAUGAUGUAUGAGGAUGCAGAUCAAUAUGGUUAUUUCCUCGUCACCCUCGCAAAUAUUUUCAGAUGUUCACAACGAACACGCUUGAUUUCGACCGUCAACUGAGUUCUGGGCCUGUCGCCAAACGACUGGACGAAUCACCUCUAGCUUCAAACUCUCAGCGAGAGGAGUUUAGAAGGCGGAUGCAACAAUUAAGGGUUUCCACCAAAUUACAUUUCCCACUACUAAGCCAUCCUUGGCCUUUUUUCUAGCUAGUAGAAAAGCAGCCAAAGAGGAGAAGGCUGCGAGGAAUGUAACUUCGUAACCUCUAAGACAAGGCUAUGGCAUAGAUCCUGGGUCUAUUGACUUUGAACCCAUCACUGGUGUCCCGACAGUUACCAUAACUGUGAAAACGAGGUCAGAUUUCAAGGCAAAAUUUCCCGAACAGUGGGCAGCAAAAGCCAAGUCUGGCUCAGUCCCAAAUUCGGAAAAGCUAGGUCCAAAAACACCACCAAUAUCACCCGAAUCCAUGCAGCCAGUAGCGGGACCGAGUUUUAGUACUGCUAUACUACUCUCUUUCAUACUUAAACUUAAUGGUGGUUUUUAGAUACGUCGAUAGAAAAUUUUGUGUAUUGAUCUUGGCCAACUACAAGAUAUUUAGAAUUGGAAGAAGUAGUUGUACCACCUUAUGUGUUGAGGCGCAGAGAUAUUACGAGAUCGAACCUUCUUUUUCAUCCCAUCUCAACAGGUGGCCCCGUCGACCUCCAAGAGAUGCAAAAGACAUUCUCAGAGCAGGGUGGCUCUAUGUCAGAAGCUGAGGCUGUAGAGAGGCUACGACGACUGACCAUAUUCCCAAUGACAGUCGAAAAAUUGCGAGCAUCCUUGCUUGGUAUAAAACAUCAGUUCGUGGUACCUGUGCGUUGGACUUCAUCAAGGAAAUAAGACAGACAAAGCACAAUGUUUGCACACAAAUUGUUGCAAAGACGCUAGUGCCUGAUCACUGACUAGAAGAAGGCAACUAGUGCAUUACAGUAGAAAGUAGAAGUACAACCAGUGAAGAUAGUGAUAUUCUGGAGUAGAAAAAAGACUUUACCGCAAAGUAAAAAGUAGUACGUUGAACAAUACAAAGCUUGAAAAAGUAGCUUCCAGAAAAAGUAGUUGCCCAACAUCCAAAAACGAAAAGGCAAAGCCGUGAACGAAUUCUGUCGGAAGACAAGAAGCGAGAAAGCUCGUAGAGAAGGCGAAGCCUUGGUUGCCAGAUGGCGUGUCAUGUACCAGAAGCAAAAACAGAGCUAG